ACUCAACACUUCUUCCGUUCCACCUCUCUUCCUUUUUUUUUCUUUUCUUUUUUCACCCCUCCUCCCUCCCCCCUCCCCCCCUCACACAUAUUCAAGAUGGCUGCUCCCUCCAAGUACGAUAACUACGAUUUCCCGACCACAGCCCCGGAGGCUCAGUCUGGCCAUCCCGGCCACACCACCCCAGAGCAGGAUGCGAAGGUGGAACAGCUCCGGAGCGAACUGGAGCAGCUUGGCUACUCUGAGAGACUGGACACUUUGACUCUGCUGCGCUUCUUGAGAGCCCGGAAGUUCGAUGUCGCCCUGGCCAAAGCUAUGUUCAUCGACAGCGAGAAGUGGCGGAAAGAAUUCGGGACCGACGACCUGGUCCGCACUUUUGACUACACGGAGAAGUCUAAGGUCUUCGAGUAUUACCCUCAGUACUAUCACAAGACGGAUAAGGAUGGCCGGCCCGUUUACAUCGAAAAGCUUGGCAAGAUCGAUCUCACUGCCUUGAACAAGAUUACCACCGAAGACCGUAUGCUUCAGAACCUCGUGACUGAGUACGAGAAGCUCGCCGAUCCUCGCCUGCCCGCCUGCUCGCGCAAGGCCGGCAAACUCCUGGAGACCUGCUGCACUAUCAUGGACCUCAAGGGCGUCGGAAUCACCAGCGCCCCAUCCGUGUACGGCUACCUCAGCAAGGCGUCUGGUGUCUCCCAGAACUACUACCCCGAGCGUCUGGGUAAGCUCUAUCUGAUCAACGCUCCUUGGGGAUUCAGCGGCGUGUUCAGCUUCGUGAAGAAGUUCCUCGACCCCGUCACCGUCAACAAGAUCCAUAUCCUGGGCAGCAACUACAAGAAGGAGCUGUUGGAACAGGUUCCUGCCGAGAAUCUCCCCGAAGAGUUCGGAGGUUCUUGCAAGUGCAGCGGCGGUUGCGAGUUCAGUGAUAUGGGACCUUGGCAGGAGCCUGAGUGGGCCAGGCCCCCCAAGUGGGCUGCCCCCAAGGAGGAACAGACUGUGACCAAGACCGAGGAGCCGGUUGCUGAGGUUCCCCAGCCUAGCGCAUAGAGCCUUUUUCAUUUUCCGAUGGGUUUUCUUGUUUUCGUUAUAUUGGAACAAUAUGGUAAAAGCUUCAGGCACGAUUUUGCCAAUCUAUAUCCCUUCUUCUGUUGCUAGAAUUGCUUGGUCUGUUUCAUGUUCCCAUAUUUUCCCGGGCAAGUCAUUUUACUACUGCCCUAGCCAAUUUCCAUUUCAUACAUCAUUCAAUAUCAGAUCAAACCCCCUCACCGCUACCCCGGCAAGUGGGCUCUUUCUACUGAGUUUAUUACAUGUUGGGAAACGGUGACGGCUACACAAGCAUGCUUCUUUUUUUUUUUUUUUUUUUUUUUU